AGUUGUCCAGUCUUAUUUUCCAUCGACUUCACACUCUCAGCGUAUUUGGAUCGUACGAGACGAAGCAAGGGCACAAUGAUCUCACUAUCGCGGUGUCGUGGUGGAAGGGGGUGAGAUCGCCGUUUCUGACGUCACGCACAGUCGCGAUCCUGCUUUCUGAGGCAUGCUCACUUCGUGCACAGGAACGUAGGUGUUGUAUACACGGGAGCUUAGGUAUAAGAGCUUCAGUGCCGUUUCUUCCGUCUUGCUUUCUAAUUCAGUCCACUUUUUGUCCACACAUCUACGUUAUCCUUGCUGCGAAUCACUUCCUGACCUGCAACCCCUGUCACCACCAUCAAAUCAACGCAGUCAUGCCUCUCUUUGGUCGUCGCGAGCCUUCUCCUCCACCUGCUCCCGUAGCAUCGCCCACCCGCAAGACCGGCCUUUUCUCCCGCCGCCGUUCUUCCAGCCCAGACAUACACCGCUCCUCCACCUCCUCGCACCACACCAGCACAUCAUCCACAAAACGCCACUCCUCCGUCCUGCACCGCGGCUCCGGCGACCCAUCUAUCCACGCUGCCACACAGUCACUCCGUCAAGCUGAGACUGCUGAACGCGAGGCCGAUGCAGCGCUCUUCAGGGCGAAAAACGCUGUACGAGAGGCCCGUGAGCACGUGAGGAGACUGGAGAAGGAGGCCGCGGAAGAGGCGAGGCUGGCGAAGAUUAAGCAGAGCGAAGCCAAAGCACUUGGCAAGAAGGGGAGAGCUCUUGGUCGACACGACCACGUCUAAACUUUUGCAACACAACUUAUGGAAUCCAUGUCGAUGGUUUAUGCCAACUACUCUUCUGUCUGUAUGAUAUUUUGAUGUGAAUGACGAGUCAUGAUAGCGAGUCGUUGAUGGAUUUAUUGUUACCCUAGCUGCAGGAGCAUGCUGUCAAGACAAGACAAUGCUACAAAUUGUUCUACAUCUUCCUUAUUGCACAAUUGUGCUUUACACUGUAUCUUCGCCAAUCCGAGUUCAUUCAGGACGCUUAGUUCCUACUGAGGACAAAUUCUCGGA